CCGCCGGGCGCUGUGCGGUGCGGAGGUCCCUGACUGUGCCCUGCCCGGGGGUCCCGCCGCGCUCCGGCCCGCCCAUGUCUGACCCAACGCAGCAGCCGGCCCCCGAGGGGGGUCCCCCCGCUGCGGGUCCCCCCGGGUCGCCCCCUAACCUGAGCAGCAACCGCCGGCUGCAGCAGACCCAGGCGCAGAUGGAGGAGGUGGUUGACAUAAUGCGUGUAAAUGUAGAUAAGGUGCUAAAACGAGAUGAGAAACUGUCAGAGCUUGAUGACCGGGCAGAUGCACUUCAGGCUGGUGCCUCAAUAUUUGAAAGUAGUGCAGCAAAACUCAAAAGGAAGUACUGGUGGAAGAACUGCAAGAUGAUGAUCAUCAUGGGAGUGAUUUGUGCCAUUAUGGUGGUGGUGAUUGUAAGUAAGUACUGAAAAACCCCGGAUCAAAGGUGAAGAAGCCCCAGCUCCAGAAUACUUUAAAAUUUUCUUUUUGAUUUAUGAUCUGUAAGGCCUUGGUUGCAUAAGUGGUAACUUCCUUCCCUGGGGAAGGGAGGUGGUGGUGCUGGAACUCCCACACUUAGUGUGGAAAUGGUAUGAUUUACAUAGUAAGGAAAGAAAGUGGGGGUGGCUAUUGUUGUAAAAAUUGGGAAUCUUACCUACUUGACCAAGUAAACCUGUAAGUAUGAGGGACAGCAUCUUGAAGUGGGCGGGUUGGCAAGUAGCUUUCCUGGUGGGGGAUUU